AUGGCUCCUAUCAGACAUUCUCAAAAUUAUCCUGACAACGAGCAGCCUCAUUCAUCAUCCUCCGAAGACAGUCUAUCUGCAACCUCGUCUGAUAAGGAGAAUUAUAAUCACGGUCGUCGAAAAGUCGCGAAGAGGAAAAGCGACUACGCAAUGUCUUCCGCCGCAAAUAAUCCCGCCUCGAAUGCGUCAGCAUCAAACAGCAAGCGAAGACGACUCGCUGACCUGCAAACAAAUGCAGAAUCCACCCAGUCCUCGCAAUACCAGCCGCGCACCUCUCAACGUCCCGUUACCGACUACUACGACCCUGAUCAAGAUGUUGGCGAGCGUCGGGAGAUCCGGAAAAGCCUUAGAGAUCUGACCCGUGAUUUGAAUGAUUAUAGAAACGAGUAUCUUCAAGCGGGAAACAAGGGUAUUAUCAAUACCAUUCAGAAAGCAAACGAACUUUUCACUCGUGUGAAACAAACAUCGGACGCGACUGUCGAUUCUCAGCUUUUGGUUAAUGCGGCUGAUUUAUCUUACAAAAAAUCGGCACAGCUUGCCUUGGGUGGUGCAACCACUGGUAUAGAUGUGGAUGAGUUUGUUUCGAAAUGCAUGUCAUUCAUGUCCCGUGGCCCGGUGAAUGACUCGUCAACCAUUCCAUCUAGUACACAACGCCGCGCGCAAAACCGAAACAAUGGUAAUGAGAGUGAUGGAGAUGAUGUCGACGAUACGUUAAACUGGGAUUGGCUGGGUCGGGCUGCCUGCUUUCCACACAAUGCACGCCCUUCACUGUCUGGGUUUCUCCUAGGUCCAUUGUCUAUCGAGAAACGAACGCGACAACUCACGCAGCAUAGGGCGGCGAACCGGAUUGACACGUCACGGGUAAUACAACCGCAAGAUCUAAGAGAGGAAGACCUAGAUACACAGGAGACAUCAAACCUGACUGCUAUGUGCUCUAGCAUCAACAAACUCUUGAGAGAUAAGCAGGAAGAGAGUAUGGCUGCUGUUAAUAACGAAUUGAGUACAUCCGCAGAAGAUCCACCCCAAGAGGAGAUUCAGCGGGUUAUGGACAAGCACAGUAUUGCUGACGAUGGAGGCAUCCCGCUUUUCCGGUUUUGCAUCAACCCCAGAUCUUUUGGACAGAGCGUUGAGAACCUAUUCUAUAUAAGUUUCCUUAUAAGGGAUGGCAAUAUUGGGGUUUCGCAAGAUAGCCGGGGGCUUCCCACACUGCAAUCAGCGAGACCAUACCCCCCAAGCGAGGCGCAGGGAAGGGGCAUUGAGAAACAUCAGAUUAUCUUUAGUCUCGAUUUCGAACUGUGGCAAGAUCUGAUCGACAGUUUUAACAUCAAGGAGUCUAUUAUACCGCACCGUGACGACGAGGUUUACCAAAGGCAAAAUCAACACGGAAGUGGAUUUGGACACGGAGGAGGAAAUGGCUUUUUAGAGAAGGCAAUCAAAGAGCAUGUCGUCGAACUACUUCUCACCAGAGGCCUUGAGUCAGAGGACAAAGAUGGCAAUGGCGAGACAGCAUUGUCGUUGGCUGCACGCAAUGGACAUCAAGUUAUUGCUGAUAUGCGACAAAGAGCCAGUCCAGGUCUUAGGAGCUUCAGCCAUGCCAAAGCCAACACAACUGAAGCAUAG